AUAGACCCAAACUUCCAACCUUUGUUUAGCAGUCGAACACGUUACUUGUUUGCACCACCCAGGGUCUCCUUCCCAAGAUUACAUAGCUUGUUACUGGUGGAAUCAGGAGAGUCACCGAAAACAACUUAAUUUCAAAAGAUUCUAUACGUAUUUAAAAAAUAUGCUUGUUAAUCUAAAAGUGAAACUAAUGGCUGGAAACAAUUAAAAUGUAAGAAAGGGAAAUUUGGAAAAAGGCCCCUGUGCGCUCUGCCAGUCUUAUCCUUACUUGGAGCUGGUGUGGACUUUAGUGAAGGUGGUGACGGUGAAGAGACUCUGGCCGUUAGCAUAGAAUUUGCUACUCUUAUUUCUCAGCUUCCUCUGGCUCUUCUCAUUCCCUCUUGUUUCUUGGUGUUCUCUCCAGGCUGAAGUGUCCUCCACCAUGUUUCCAUUGCAAGGAGCCCAGAUGCUGCAGCAGCUGGAGAAUUCCUUGAGGAAAAGCCUCCCUGAAUCCUUAAAGGUUUAUGGGACCAUCUUCCAUAUGAACCAGGGAAACCCAUUCAAGCUAAAGGCCCUAGUGGACAAGUGGCCAGAUUUUAAUACAGUGGUUGUCCGCCCUCAGGAACAGGAGAUGACAGAUGAUCUUGAUCACUACAUCAAUACUUACCAAAUCUACUCCAAGGAUCCCAAGAACUGCCUGAAAUUCCUUGACCCACCAGAAGUCAUCAACUGGAAACAACAUCUGCAGAUCCAAAGUUCACAGUCCAGCCUGAAUGAGGUGAUACAAAGUCUUGCAGCCACUAAAUCCUUCGAGGUCAAGCACACACAAUGCAUCCUCUAUAUGGCACCUGAGACACUGAGGAAACUGGUUCCUUCUUUGCUGGAUGCAAAGAACUUAUCACCCGUGACUGGCAAACCCAAAGCCAUCAACCAAGAGCUCUUUAAGCCUUCAUCACUGGAUGUCACCCAUGCUGCUUUAGUGAAUAAAUUUUGGCUCUUCGGUGGCAACGAGAGGAGCCAGAAACAUAUUGAGCACUGUAUUCGGACCUUCCCUACCUAUUGUCUGCUGGGGCCCGAAGGGACCCCUGUGUCCUGGACCUUGAUGGAUCAGACGGGAGAGGUGAGGAUGGCAGGUACUAUGCCUGAGUACCGGGAACAAGGCCUUAUCUCCCAUAUCGGCUAUUACCACACCCAGACUCUGCUCACACUUGGCUUCCCCAUCUAUUCUCACGUAGACAAGAGCAACAUAACUAUGCAAAAGUUGAGUCACAAGCUGAACCAUAUCAUCAUGCCCUGUACCUGGAACCAAUGGAACUGUGUGCCUCUGUGA